GAGACGAACAGACAGACAGGUACCCUAUUGUUAGGUGAAAUCCUAUUGAUCAAUUAUCAAAGUUCAUCCAAUCAAAAUCGUUCUUAGAAAGAAAGUGUGGAAUCGUAAUAAACAUGGCAGACCUCGUGGAACGAGUGUUACAAGAAGCAGCUGAGAAAGAAUCUAAGUACAAAACGAUAGAGGUUCACAAAGACAUUGAAUUAGAAAUAGACGCAGGAAAUUUGUUGACUGUUGAUACAAAUCCAUUAGACACAUCUGAAUUAAAGAGGACUAAAGAAGAGUUUUUGAAGAAUCUAGCUAGAGACAACACACAAUUGUUGCUUAACACUUUAUGGCAGCUUCCAACAGAGAAAGUAGAUGAUGCAAUAGUUGUUAAGCUUCCAGACCCUAAAACUUCCAUUCCCAGAGAAAAACCUAUACCGAAAGAUAAACAUCUCACAAAGUGGCAACAGUAUGCACAACUCAAAGGCAUUCAGAAAAGAAAGAAAAGCAGAAUGACUUGGGAUGAUCAGGCAAAGGAGUGGAGGCCCAGGUGGGGAUAUAAGAGAGCUAAUGAUGACACACAGGAGUGGUGCCUAGAGGUUCCGGAUAAUGCUGAGGAUCCCAAUGUUGAUUUGUUUGCCAAAAGAAAAGAACAAAAGAAGGAGAGAUUGGCUAAGAAUGAGUUACAGAGACUACGUAACAUAGCAAGGUCACAGAAAUCAAAAGUACCUGGGGUUGGACUUACUCCAACUGAGGCACCAACGAAGGAUUAUUUGGGGAAAGCUCUUGCCGUGGCCAGGAAAUCUACAGCAUCCAUAGGGAAGUUUACAGACAAGCUUCCUACAGAAAAAGCAUCCAAAUACACAGGCAAGAAGAGAAAGUUUGAACCAAAUUAUGGUGAUGUUGAGAAAGAGAGUAAAAAGCAGCUGGGCAUUUUAAACCACAUUCAGAACAGGAUUCCCAUCGUAGACUCUAGAAAAGCAGCCAAUCGUCAAAUCAUGGAAGAGCAAAGGUCGAGAGCAAAAACGAGACGAGAAGAAGGUGGGGGGAAAAAGGGAGGAAAAAACAAAGGUGGCAGUGGCAAGAAGAAAGGAGGGGGAAGGGCUAAAACUGGAAAGGGGGGCAAAAGAGGGGGUAAAAAAAGAUAACUGUAAAUAAAUUCACAAAACAAACUA